AUGUCUUCUCUUAGUAGAGAGCUUGUGUUCCUGAUCUUACAGUUUCUCGAUGAAGAGAAGUUUAAAGAGACUGUUCACAAGCUUGAACAAGAAUCUGGAUUUUUCUUCAAUAUGAAGUACUUUGAGGAUGAGGUGCAUAGUGGAAACUGGGAUGAGGUUGAGAAGUAUCUCUCUGGUUUCACUAAAGUAGAUGAUAAUAGAUACUCAAUGAAGAUAUUCUUUGAGAUAAGAAAGCAGAAGUAUCUCGAGGCUUUGGAUAAGAAUGAUCGUCCCAAGGCGGUGGAGAUACUAGUGAAGGAUUUGAAAGUGUUUUCAACAUUUAACGAGGAGCUUUUCAAAGAAAUAACUCAGCUCUUGACCUUAGAGAACUUCAGGGAGAAUGAACAGUUAUCAAAGUAUGGGGACACCAAGUCAGCAAGAUCAAUCAUGUUGGUGGAACUCAAGAAGCUUAUUGAGGCUAAUCCUUUGUUCCGUGAUAAACUGCAGUUUCCUACUCUUAGAAACUCAAGGCUUAGGACUCUUAUCAACCAGAGCUUAAAUUGGCAACAUCAGCUUUGUAAAAACCCAAGACCAAAUCCGGAUAUAAAGACUCUUUUUGUUGAUCAUUCAUGUGGUCCUCCAAAUGGUGCACGUGAUCCAUCUCCUGUGAGCAAUCAGCUGCUUGGUGGAUUACCAAAAGCUGGAGGGUUUCCUCCUUUAGGUGCACACGGGCCAUUUCAACCAACGGCCUCACCGGUUCCAACUCCUCUUGCUGGUUGGAUGUCUAGUCCAUCCUCUGUCCCACAUCCAGCUGUCUCUGCAGGAGCCAUUGCUCUUGGUGGUCCAUCUAUCCCAGCGGCAUUGAAGCACCCGAGAACUCCAACUAAUGCUGCUUUAGACUACCCGUCAGCAGAAUCUGAACAUGUCUCAAAAAGAACAAGGCCUAUGGGAAUCUCUGACGAGGUUAAUCUAGGUGUCAACAUGUUACCAAUGUCAUUUCAAGGGCAGGCUCAUGGCCACAGUCCAGCUUUCAAAGCACCUGAUGACUUGCCCAAGACAGUUGCAAGAACUUUGACUCAGGGCUCAUCUCCAAUGAGCAUGGACUUCCAUCCAAUUAAACAGACUCUGCUUCUAGGUCUGUUUAUGAGCUUCCAUGUAAUAAUAACAGUAAUCAUCAGAGUUGUUCUAAAUUUUAUUUGCAUCGUUGUACCAGUUGGUACUAAUGUAGGGGACAUAGGGCUAUGGGAAGUUGGUUCUCGAGAAAGAUUAGUACAGAAGACCUUCAAAGUGUGGGAUAUAAGUAAAUGUUCAAUGCCCUUACAGGCUGCUCUGGUGAAAGAACCUGUCGUUUCUGUUAACCGUGUGAUAUGGAGCCAUGACGGUUCCCUAUUCGGAGUUGCUUACUCGAGACAUAUUGUGCAAAUAUACUCUUAUCAUGGAGGUGAAGACAUGAGGCAACACCUUGAGAUUGAUGCUCACGUUGGUGGUGUGAAUGAUAUUUCCUUCUCAACUCCAAACAAGCAACUCUGUGUGAUAACCUGUGGUGAUGACAAAACCAUCAAGGUCUGGGACGCUGCAACUGGUGUCAAAAGACAUACAUUUGAAGGCCAUGAAGCUCCUGUUUACUCUGUUUGUCCUCACUACAAGGAAAACAUUCAAUUCAUAUUUUCUACAGCACUAGAUGGGAAAAUUAAGGCAUGGUUAUAUGAUAACAUGGGAUCUAGAGUUGACUACGAUGCACCUGGUCGCUGGUGCACUACAAUGGCUUAUAGUGCAGAUGGAACUAGGCUAUUCUCUUGUGGGACGAGUAAAGAUGGAGAGUCUUACAUAGUUGAGUGGAAUGAAAGUGAAGGAGCUGUUAAAAGAACUUAUCAAGGAUUCCACAAGCGUUCUCUCGGUGUUGUGCAGUUUGAUACUACUAAAAACCGUUAUCUAGCUGCUGGUGAUGACUUUUCCAUCAAGUUCUGGGAUAUGGACAAUGUACAGCUUUUAACUGCUAUUGAUGGUGAUGGAGGUCUUCAGGCAAGCCCGCGUAUCCGGUUUAACAAGGAAGGCUCUCUCUUGGCUGUGUCUGGAAAUGAGAAUGUGAUUAAGGUUAUGGCAAACUCAGAUGGUUUAAGACUAUUGCACACUUUUGAGAACGUUUCAUCUGAAUCGUCUAAGCCUGUGAUAAACAGUCUUUCAGCAGCAGCUGCAGCUGCUGCUACGAGUGCUGCAGCAGAUCGAUCUGCCAAUGUUGUUUCCAUCCAAGGAAUGAAUGGAGAUACGAGGAAUAUGGUGGAUGUGAAGCCAGUGAUUACAGAGGAAUCAAAUGAUAAGUCUAAGAUAUGGAAGCUUACUGAAGUCAACGAGCCUUCUCAAUGCAGGUCACUGAGACUCCCUGAGAAUCUUAGAGUCGCUAAGAUAUCAAGAUUGAUUUUCACCAACUCAGGAAACGCUAUCUUGGCCUUGGCAUCAAACGCUAUUCAUCUUCUAUGGAAAUGGCAGAGGAAUGAGCGCAACGCAACGGGAAAGGCGACAGCUACUUUACCACCUCAGCAAUGGCAACCAGCAAGUGGGAUCCUCAUGACUAACGACGCUGCUGAAAACAACCCUGAGGAAGCUGUACCUUGUUUUGCUUUAUCCAAGAAUGAUUCCUAUGUAAUGUCAGCUUCCGGUGGAAAGAUUUCCUUAUUUAACAUGAUGACUUUUAAGACGAUGGCUACUUUCAUGCCACCACCACCUGCUGCAACUUUUCUAGCUUUCCAUCCUCAAGACAACAACAUCAUUGCUAUCGGAAUGGAUGAUAGUACUAUUCAGAUUUAUAACGUCCGUGUUGAUGAGGUGAAGAGUAAGCUUAAAGGUCAUUCAAAGAGAAUAACUGGUCUGGCCUUCUCCAAUGUGUUAAAUGUUCUGGUUUCAUCUGGAGCUGAUGCUCAGCUUUGUGUAUGGAACACAGAUGGAUGGGAGAAGCAAAGAAGCAAGGUACUGCCACUUCCACAAGGAAGACCAAACACUGCACCUUCAGACACGCGUGUUCAGUUUCACCAAGAUCAAACUCACUUCCUUGUGGUGCACGAGACACAGCUUGCUAUUUACGAAACAACCAAACUCGAAUGCAUGAAACAGUGGCCGGUUAGAGAAUCAUCAGCACCAAUCACUCAUGCUACGUUCUCAUGUGAUAGCCAAUUAGUCUAUGCAAGUUUUAUGGAUGCAACAAUCUGUGUAUUUACCUCUUCAAAUCUAAGAUUGCGUUGCCGAGUCAACCCUUCUGCGUAUCUACCAGCUAGUCUCAGUAACUCCAACGUACAUCCUCUGGUGAUUGCGGCACAUCCGCAAGAACCAAACAUGUUUGCAGUUGGUCUCUCAGACGGAGGAGUUCAUAUAUUCGAACCAGUUGAGUCUGAAGGUAAAUGGGGAGUGGCUCCACCUUCUGAGAACGGGUCUGCAAGUGGUGCAGUGGCUGCACCAUCCGUUGGAGCCUCUGCUUCUGAUCAGCCACAGAGAUGA